AUGCGUUUCUUCACUUCAAGCAGUUCAGGCUCCCAGUCUCGCCCUCACACUCCAGCCGACAAAGCCAACAUGGGUUGCUGCCACUCGGGACGCAUCGACUACGAGCACGAUCCCGUGCAUCUCUGCCACUUCGAUAUGCAUCGCGCAGUGGGCAAGGGCGCUUUCGGCAAGGUCCGAGUAGUGCAACACAAGAGGUCAAAGACUACCUACGCCCUCAAGUACAUCAAUAAGCAGCAAUGUAUCAAACAAAAGUCGGUAGCCAGCAUCAUCCAGGAGAGGCAUCUACUAGAGGAGGUCAACCACCCCUUCCUUGUCAACCUUCGCUACGCAUUCCAGGAUGAAGAAAACUGCUUCUAUGUUCUCGAUCUUAUGAUGGGCGGGGAUCUGCGAUUCCAUCUCAACAUGAGGGGAUGCUUCCCCGAACACGUCGUCCGCUUCUGGGUAGCCGAGCUCGCCUGUGGCCUCUCCUACCUGCACGAACAGCGCAUCAUUCACCGCGACAUCAAGCCUGACAACAUCUUACUUGACGCCGCCGGGCAUGCACAUAUCACCGAUUUCAACGUGGCCAUUCACUACUCUUCGAGGAGGCGGCACACCUCGGUCGGCGGGACGAUGUACUACAUGGCACCUGAGAUGGUUGACCCUGCGCGGCCCGGGUAUUACUGGCAAAUCGACUUCUGGAGUCUCGGCGUCGUCGCACACGAGCUGCUCUGGCACUCACGCCCAUUCGAGGGGAACUCGGUCGAGAAGCUCACGCACAGCAUUCUUUCCGAUUCCAUCACCGUUCCCCCGCGCGUUGUUCCCAAAAUGGCGCCCGUAAGCCGCGAAGGAUGCGGGGCUGUUCUUUCGCUCCUUGACCGGAAUCCCCAUACUCGCCUAGGAUGCCGCAGCAUCGCCACCAGCCUCGGUGAGCUGAAGAGCCACCCGUGGUUCGCCAACUUGGACUGGCGGCGCCUGGAGAGGAAAGAGAUGCAGCCGCCUUACGUCCCUGAUCAGUCGCGUGCGAACUUCGAUGUUGGCCUUGAGAUGGACGACUACAUGUCGGGCGAGAAGCGUCUCACAUCCAAGCGCCGUGCCUUGCCGGACAUGGAGAAGGUUUCUCCCGAACAACGCAUCUUCCUAGAGCAGUUCACGCUCUUCGACUUCGAGCGCUCCCCUCGGUCAUCGUACUUCCCUCGCAACGAGUCCAUCGGCUCGUCCUCCCCGCCGUCCACCACGGGUAGCACGUACGCCGGACACUCGCGCGGGCACUCGCCGACAGAAUCUGGACGCACAUCUUCAGUACGCACAUCGUCAGACCGAUCUAGUACAACUCGCUACGGGGAUCACACACAAGUCAUUGUUCCCCCGACGCUCUUGGCUGGUUACCGGUGA